AUGUGGGAUGUUAACGGGGCAUCCCAUGUUUCGACUGUUACUACUACUUUGACCCCUGACAUCACAGUGAGACCAACUAGGUUGACCUCUCCUUUGGCCCCCAGCACAGCAGUGAAUCCUACAUCAGAUGCGACUGUUAGUCUUACUUUGACAACUGACACACCAAAGAGUCCAAAUGAAAGGUUGACCUCUCCUUUGACCCCCAGCACAGCAGUGAAUCCUACAUCAGGAGGUCAAAGCUCCACAGAAAGCGUUCUGGUUUCGACUGUUACUUCUACUUUGACCCCUGACAUCACAGUGAGACCAACUAGUUUGACCUCUCCUUUGGACCCCAGCACAGCAGUAAAUCCUGCAUCAGGUGUGAUGUUCAUCUUUAGUUAG